UAGCAAAGAAGAAAUAAGAAGAAGAAGAAGGAGUUCUCAUAACAAUGCUAAAAGUUUCACAACAAAAUACAGUUUACAAAUUGUUUCACAGUACUUUGAGAUAUGCGCAUCGGACUCACUACAAUGUUUUAAAAAUACAACCCAAUUGCAACGCACGCGAUAUUCGUUCAGCUUUCAUUAAACUUUCUAAAGAGCUUCAUCCGGAUGUGAAUGUCAGUAUCGGUAAAAACUACGAUAACAAAUCUUUCGUUGAGCUUCUCGAAGCAUAUCAAGUUCUGAGCAAACCAGAAUCUCGAGCUGCAUAUGAUUAUGAACUUUCGUUAGCGGCCAAUGGGAAUGGACAGCAAAUUUUUCACAGACCAUGGGCUUCGGCAAAUCAAAAGCAUGCCGAUUACGGAGAGGAAUCGUACUACGGAAUUAAAGGGGUUAAAAAGGUGAGCAAUUGGACGAUCGUUCUAUUUUGCGCUGUGUUCAUGAUGAUUGGGAUCUGUUUGCAGACUAUAGCUAUCAGUAAAUCGUUCACGUUUAAACGUCAGCAGUUGGACGAAUUUUCAAGGCAGAAUGCAAUUCAGCAUGCUGAAGUACGAGAGGAAGCUGAAAAACAUGGAAACAAAGCGCAAAUAGAGCGUAUGAGGACAAAGUUAAAUAAGGAAAUCAUUUGAUACGGGAUUUCUGUAGAUACUUUUAAAGAUCCCUGCGAUGCUUUGUAAAUAAUAAAGAAUUAGACAAUGUU